AUGACUAAAGUAAUUGAACGUACGCUGGAUUCGCCGCGCAAUCAUCGCUGCUGCGUGAUUCGCGAGCAUGUUCAGCGCCGUUAUCCGCGUUGCGGUAUUCCGGACAGCAACAGUUAUGUGAAAAUUAGUACAAUUAAUGUUGCCUCGAAGCCACUGGCAGAAAAAGACAAAAAAACUGAUAAGACUACCCCACAGAAGCGGAAAAAAUCAGCACCCGAACUCUAUACGGCUCGCUCAUCCAAUGGAACCGAAGGCAGUCGGGAAGUGUCUUCUGACAGCGGUGCGUUACAGUAUUAUUGA